UGGACUUCAACUUCCAGAAUUCUCCAGCUAACAUGCUAGCUGGGGAAUUCUGGGAACUGAACUUCAUAUAUCUCAAAGUUGUCAAGAUUGGAAUGAAUUGGAGUAGGCAAUUCAUCUGGUCCCUUCCAGCUCUACACUUCUUGGUUGUUUAUGAUUUCAAAUGUCUUGCAAUACAAUUAUUAAUCCCCGGGGAAUGAAACCUAAAGAAGAGGUGUGGGGGCACUGUACUGGGAGGGAAGGGCAGAGAAAGAAAGAUAUGGGGCUUGAUGAAGACUUGCCAAGAAAGCUACUGUUUCUUGGUUAACUUUUCCCUCCCGUGGCACUCUUCUGCUCUUCGGAACGAGCUAAGACGGGCAGCUACUGAUCUCUUUUGAGUGGCGUUAUUUUAAUAGGCGCCCAGCUGAGGGCUUCUUAGGAGCUAGUCCUGAUGCCUACCUGCCUCCUCGGGAGGACUCAAUAAUUCAGGCGGCAGCUGGCAAGAGACCAAGCUUCCCUCCCCUCCCCUCCUCUCCCCCACUCCUGCCGCCUCCUCUUCGCCUGCCCUCCCAUCGCUACCUCCAGCCUCCCCUAACGCAGCCAUGAAGGAGAGUUGAGCUCUGCCACCUUCAGUUGCUUUUUGCAGCGCAGGAAGUUGGCACCGGGCAGCUCUUGCUGCUAAGGGGAUCCCGCGGGACUGAAAAGAGGCAAAGACAAAGGGGGGGAAUCCAGAGGGAGAGUUUUUCUUGUGGGAGGUAGGAGGCUGUGUGACUCCCGGACUUCGUGAUGGACCCCAAGGAACGGAAGAAAAUCCAGUUUUCUGUACCUGCGCCGCCCAGCCAGCUGGAUCCUCGUGCUGUGGAGAUGAUCCGCCGUCGGAGACCAACCCCAGCUUUGCUUUUCCAGCUUUCAGAAACUUCCUCCCCCGAUGAAGCAUCCCCAUAUCAGAGAACUCUGGGUGAAGGAUACCACCUUAAAAACAAAAGGAAUGCCCCCUGUGUCUACACACCCCCUUCUCUUAAAGCUGUGCAACGCCUCGCACAAAGCCAUCUGGAAUCCAAUAGUUCCUGGAUGGAUGAAGACUAUGCUGAAGAAGAGGAAGAAGAGGAAGAGGAAGAGGAGGAGGAGGAGGAGGAAGAAGCUCAGGAUUCUGAUGACACUGUGAGGGAGAUGACUGGCUUGUAUAAACCAGGAGAAUCCCAGGGGCAGGGUCCAGCUUCCAAGGGAAGACUGCUAAGACAGUGCACUGUCUUGGAAAAUAAGCCCAAGGAAUCUGAGCAUCCAGUCUGCCCAUCUCUCUCCAAAUCCCAGAAACGGAAAGGUAAAUGUGGGUGUUACAAUGUAAAGAGGGAUUUAUUGCUGGAGGAUGUAAUCAAAGGUAUGAGUAUGGUCAUGGUCAUUUUCAUUCUCUCUCUUUCUCUUUUUCUCUCUCUCUUCCAUAGCCAAAGAGGUUUUCACAUGUCUUUGAAAGAUAAUAAAAACUUACAGAAAAUUAGCAGUCUCCUUUACAGGCAAUCUGUUCCAAUGCUUUUAAUCUCUGUCCAUUUUCAACUCUUGCCUUCACAGUUGAAGGCACAACAGUAAACUUUCUGAGAGAGAAAGAUAGAACUUGUGAUAAGCAUAAACAUUUUGGUGGUCUGGAUGAUAAUUUUAACUUCCCCUUCUACUGUGGUAAAUGUAAGCCAGUGUUUCUCAAGUUCAGGAUUUUUAAGUUAGAUGUACUGGGGAAUUCUGGGAUUUUAAGUUAUAUAUUAUAUUACUCCACAAGUGUGAUUUUGUUUAUUUGAUGGUUAAAAAAGUGUGAUAUGUGAACUUAGCAGUAAAAGUUUAUAAUACGGAGUGGCUGCCAGACCUCAAAUUCAGUAGUUGCUAUGUAACAAGUUAGGAGAUUCUGCAGAGCAGAAGAGUUUUCUCACCCAAAGCUUUGCGUCCCCAUGAAUCAAGUAUUUUCAUCAUUUGGUAAAGCAAUCUGGGUACACUAAUAUUCCACUAGAAUUCUUACCCAGAAUGGCAAUUGGCCAUGCAGGUUGGGAAUUCUGGGAGUUAAGGUAAAAUACCGUACUUCUGAAAGAAGUUUCAUGUGGGCAAAGACUGAUAAAGUCCUUCAAUAAGGUGCUUUCUUUUUGCUUUUCUUUCUCAGGUCCCAGGGAUAUGUUUUUAUCUGUUACAGUACUGGUUUUUCAAAUGGUCUUCUGUUCAUUUAUAAAAAUGGGUGAUGUGCCCAUACAAAAAUAUGUUGGAUUCUUCUAGCACUACAGUUAACUUUUGGGAGAAAUCACACUUGUUUCUGGGUAUCAUUCAUACUACCGAUAGUUCUCUAAGACAGCGUUAGUAGCCUUUCAGAAAAACAGAGCUCCAGAAGUACUUAUAGAGAGGGCACUGAGUGGUUUAUGUAAAUACUCACGUGACAACUGAAAGAACUGCAAUUCUGGAUGAAGGUCAAGGAUUCAACCAAGUUCCAGAAGUCUUAAUGACAGUACAUGGACUAGGGACAGAGCUGACUGUUAGUGGACAACAUUUUUCCCAGAAAUUGAAUAGAAUUUUCUUCCAAUCUUCACAGUCAACAUACAGCUGUUGGAUGGCAGAAUGGGACAAUUGGCCAAUCCAUCACAAUCAUUCAUCCUAGGCUGGCCUUCCAGUAAGGUUGUCCCCACUACUGGCCCCCCACCCCCUUAUUCUGGGUGAUUCACAGAGGGACACUUGUCCACAGCCACUUGGCUGUGAGGGACAAUUACUCAUCCUGUCAGCUAAUCCAUGUGCCAAGAGGUGGGCCUCUAUAUUGUCACUGGAUGUGGUGGUGCCAGGUGGGGUAAGCAGUAGACUUGGGGUCCAGACAGGGAGGGACAUGGCAGUUGCUGUGUGGGGCAAUCAGACCAUUCCUUUCUGCCAGUGCCUUCCCAAGAGCAGCACAGUCCCCUCUUAUCCCCAAAAGAAAGACUUGAGCAUCCCAGAGGAGCUGGUUGCAGAGCAAAGCUAGGCAGAAUGCAACAGGUGGCAGCAGUGGCAGAAGCCAUUGGGUGGAACUAAGCCUUCCAUUUUGGGGAUGGCAGGGUGCUAUGCUGCCCCCAGGAAGGCUUGCCUGGUGGAGGGGAACAGCCUGGUUGCUCUGCACAGCAACUGCCAUGUCCCCCACUUCCCCAGUGCCUGAGGGCACUGCUGCCCCACCCAGCACCACCAUAUCCAAUGGGAAGGCAAAGUCCAACUCCUUGGCAUGUGGAUUGGCUGCCAGGAUGCUUGGCUAAUUCUCUCUUACAGCCAGUUGGCUGGGGACAAGUGUCCCUCUGCAAAUUGACCUGGAUUCCUGGUUUCUGCGAUGAAAUGCAUGGUGUCUAGCAAUUCUCGAAGGCAAGCGGGCAUAAUGUUCCUUCAACCUGGCUAACAGAGUCUUCCAUGGCACAUCAUGGACCUUCUGCAGGGCAAGAAGGGCUCUGGCGGUUUUGAACAUCUCCUGUUCACAGACACUUAGGAAGAAGGCUAGCUUUCUAUCCCCGGGGAGCUCUUUGUAGUCAUUUGUGGCUAAGAAGCAGUCAAAAUUGUCUAAGUACAAGUCCCAUGUUUCCGUUGCCUGAUUGAAAGGCAUGAAUGUGGUUAGGGUGGCUAUUUCAGUGAGGAUGGUCCUCUGAGGCAAUUUUCGUAGUGCGACGUAUUAUCGCUGUGGCUCAGCUCGUAAACAGUGACAGCUCUUUUGUUAAUGACUACGUUUGACCUGCCGCCUCAGCCUUAAAUCCCACCUUCAUCGCCAGUGUCCAGUUCUCUGUACACAGCGGGUAGGAUUGAGGUGAGACAGGGUAACAGUUCAACAAACCAUUUAUUGUCUAACAAUAAUGAGCUAACAGUGACCCACUCUUAGGCUAACAACAAGUGUGAGCAAGCGGCUUCCCCGUUCUGACAGCUCUUUAUAUACAAGCUGUUAGACGGCUUAGCCAAUCAGGCAACAUCUUUCUCCUGCCAGAGGGUUGCCAGUAGGACAGUAGGACAGCCAAUUAGCCAGUAGGACAGCCAGUAGGACAGUAGGACAGCCAAUUAGACGUGCCUCUUCUGUCACGUGUUCUAUGGACCAAAUGUAACAGUCCUAGACUCUUGGAUGGAGGUACAAUGAUCCAAAAUACAAAGUCAACGUUGUACCAAGAUGUGUAAUAUGAAGAAUAUUGUACAGUGUAGAACAGCAGAUAGUAAAAGGACAGAAAAUUAUGGCUGAAUACAAUAGAAAUGAGAAUAAAUCCUAGGAAGAUAUAACGGAGCAGGCCAUAAUUGUCUCUGUGGAUGAUCAGUUCUAUGAACACAUAGGAAAGAAGUAAAGGCCAGCCCCAAAAAGACAACCUUAAAUAUGAGAGGUAAGUCUCAUAUUUAAGGUUAUCUCAUAGCUAAAGAUUUGAAUAUUUAUGGAUCAAAUCAGGACAAAUAUAAGUUAGCCACUGUGUUGGUUCAGCUCUCCUAAUGAGGCAGUUUAAUUGGAAAAUCCUGUGAGAAAAUAUUUUAUAUGAAGAUGCAAAAACUAAUGAGCAAAAAUCCAUAUGAUAAUCGCCACAUUUACCUGUAUAGAAAGGUCAUUCUUUGGAACAUAAGGAUAUAAUUGUAAAAAGACUAUUAAUAAGGUCCACACAGAGAUCAGAAACAUGGUGAAAUUGGCUAAUUGGCUGCAUCCAAAUGCAAAAUUAUUUGAGUUACCCAGAAUACCCAUCAUUUCCUGUAAAAAAGAAUUUGGUUCAUAAACCAUGUAUUAUUUGAUGACAGGUCAAAAUGGAAUAUUUAGUCUUAUUCCCAAAUAUUAAAGUCUGAUAUCUGUACAAAUCUUGAUAGUGGAAAAGGAUUAAAGCCACAAGAUGGUGAUGUAUACCAUAUCUCCAUUGGAGAGCUGCUUAAGUAAGCUGGUAAAUGAUGAAUAGGAAAGACCAUGUAUCAGUGGUGGGUUGUUACUGGUUCGGUCCGGAUCUUGCGAACCAAUAGUACCGGCGGCGGGAGGCUCCACCCACCCACCUGGACAUCAUCACGGAUGCUCUGCACAUGCGCAGAAGCGCCAUGUGCAAGCAAAGCAGGCACGCACAUGCACAUUGCAAAUCGGUAGCAAAGGUAAGUGGAACCCAUCCCUGUCAUAUAUAGUAUCAGAUCUGCUUUCUGUUCAGGAAAAGAAUCUGCCAUUCCUUUCUCUUCAGACUUGGCAGCUGGGGCCAUUCUCUGCUGUUAAAAAGAGAUCAAUUAACUGGAGACUCCAUUAGUGAAGUCCAUGAAUAUCCCAUGUUCAAACAUCCAGAUAAUACCUGAAAAGCAGGAGCAUCUUGUAGAAUUGAGUUUGACACACAUAAUGGAAUGAAACUACUAUCAAUCAAUUGCCUAGUAAAUGUGACCUAUGGAUUAAUUAUAAACAACUAUUUUUAAUUACAUUCUGCUUUUCUCAACAUGUGUGGGUGUCAUCUACCCAUGUAAAUGAAAGCAACCUUUGCCUUGAAGUGAGGACCCAGAUUGUUGGGGGCAAUAAAUUGACUUUGUAUAUAAAUAUACAAAUAGGAUGAAGACUAUUGCUAACAUAGUGUAAGCUGCCCUGAGUCUUCGGAGAAAGGCGGGAUAUAAAUGCAAAUAAAAAAAAAAAAGGGAGACCUUCUGUAUGUGACCUAACUUCCUGUGACACAAAUUUAGAAUAGAAUAGAAUAGAAUAGAAUUUUUUAUUGGCCAAGUGUGAUUGGACACACAAGGAAUUUGUCUUGGUGCAUAUGCUCUCAGUGUACAUAAAAGAAAAGAUACGUUCAUCAAGGUACAACAUUUACAACACAAUUGAUGAUCAAUAUAUCAAUAUAAAUCAUAACGAUUGCCAGCAACAAGUUAUAGUCAUACAGUCAUAAGUGGAAAGAGAUUGGCGAUGGGAACUAUGAAACGAUUAAUAGUAGUGCAGAUUCAGUAAAUAGUCUGACAGUGUUGAGGGAAUUAUUUGUUUAGCAGAGUGAUGGCCUUCGGGAAAAAACUGUUCUUGUGUCUAGUUGUUCUGGUGUGCAGUGCUCUAUAGCGUCGUUUUGAGGGUAGGAGUUGAAACAGUUUAUGUCCAGGAUGCGAGGGAUCUGCAAAUAUUUUCACGGCCCUCUUCUUGAUUCGUGCAGUAUACAGGUCCUCAAUGGAAGGCAAGUUGGUAGCAAUUAUUUUCUCUGCAGUUCUAAUUAUCCUCUGAAGUCUGUGUUUUUCUUGGAACUAAGGCAAAAGGAUCUACUUAAAUCCUUACGCGUAUGAGAAGAAAAACUGGUCUUUCAUUUUUCUUAAGGUAGAUGAUAAAAUAAAGAAGUACGUUUAUCAUACAGAAAAUGUGGAUAGAUUGCUAAGCAGGCCUUAAGCAGGUCUCCAUAUGAAUUCAGUUUUCUUUCUUCCUCAUCUACUGUGACAAAGUGUGGUUUAAUCUUAGAUUUGUUCUUUGUCAUAUCCACAACUGCAGAACCUGUCGAAAAUAAAAACUGGCAAUACUCCCUCCCCCAUUUGGAAUGGAUAGAAAUUUUCUUGCUUUUUCAAGUUGGGUGGUACAUCAUCCAAAAGCUGCCACAUGUUUUUUUUCUUACGAACUGCAGAAAAGCUGGAAUAUAAUGAUUUCUACUACAUAAGUGGAUAAACCGGAAUAAUAUCUAGGAUUAUUUAGAUAGUAUAUUGACUACUAACUAGUGGGAGACAUUACACAACCAUUUUUCAUCUUAUUAGUAUUUUUCAGAUUUAGGUAUUCUCUAUACAGCACCUAAAUUUCCCAAUAAGGGAAAAAAAAACCUUGUUGUAUAGUGCCUCCUAAUGGUCAGUAGCUAAUAUAAUCUCUAUAGAAACAAACUUCUAAGCACGAGCAUGUAGAAAAAGCAGAGAUGUAACUGCAUAGCUUCUAUACAUUUAUUGAUGAAUUCGCUUUAUGAAAUUCAACAGCUCUCAAAAUUAUAGAAGCUGUCUUGUGCAGGAUGUAAUAUUCUCAGGGAGAAAGUUGAAAGGAUAUGCUGAUGGUUCAAAAUCCAGAACCAUCUGGAUUUGUCUUUAUGAGAUCAUCGGAUGAUAAAAGGAAGGUUGAUCUGAAAAUGCUGGUUGGUGAUAAUCAUGCAGGAUUAGUGAUAAUCAUGCAGUUCUCAGCAAUGCAAUAAAAGGUCUUCACAAGCAAAGGAGUCAUCAUCAUAGUGAGAGAUUACUUGGGAGAUUCUUUUAGUAGACAAUAUAAUAAGUUUAAGAUAGAACUCCUGAUGCCAUAGGGCCUAAUACUGGGGUUAAUGGUGCUGACAAUAUAAAAUAUUGUAUAUAAAAUAUACAAAAAAUAUUGUUCUUUGAGAAUAAUCCAAACACUUAUGCUAACGUGGUUAUCUAAAGGAAAUGGGGAAAACCACAUCCAGAAAUAUUUCUUGCAAGUAUGUAGUUCCCAUGAAAAUAUUUUCCUUGGCUGAAGAAGAUUCCAAUGCAGGCUCCAAGCAAGUAUGUGAUUACAGAGAUCUGUAAUCUCUGUGGCUCAACUCCCCUCAACUAAAGACUUAAUUUCUACAGUUACGAACGUGAAAAACAUUAGCCAGAAUACCAAUAGGGCUAAUCAGGGGACUGCAAAGCUUUGCUGGCUGAGGAACUCUGGAAGUUGAAGUCUACAAGUCUUAAAAGAGCCAAGUUUGCAGAUCCCUGGGCUAAAUGAAUAGGAUCUUUGGAGGGCCAACAAGACUUAUCGUAACAGCUUCUAUGACCAGCCCAUCUCUGUAGAUCCCAGGGUAGGGCUUACAUGUUGAUCCGCUAAGGCUGCUGGGCCUGAGAAGCUGAAUUUAACAAAUGCAUCUUCAGCCACAAAAAUUUAAAGUUUUACCUAUAAGCUAGAAACUGAUAUUUUUUUUUGUCUGCUGAAAGCAAGAUUUUAGAAUAAUUCUAAUAAUUAUAUAGAGUAAUUAUGACUGUAGAACAGCAUGCAUAUCACUGGUUUCACAUAUUGUGCUACACAUGAUUUACCAUGUAUUACAUGUAAGCCCAUCCAUAGAUAAGCCGAUUUUCAUUUUUUUAAUUAAAAUACCAUGAAAAAUGUAUGUAUCCACAGAAAAGCCAAACUCUCAAAAUGUUGGUAUGUUUUAAUGUUGACAAUUGACUUAUAUUCCAUUUGUCCAUAUUUUAUGUAGUUUGGUGAAAAAUUCAAGGGCUGACUUAUCUAUGAAUGACUUACA